CGUAAUAACUGUACCUGGUAAGGAGAUUUAAUAAGGCUGAGGGUGGUAUUAAGUUUCUCAGAACAGACUCAUCUUUGCGGAUGCAAUUGCAGAACAGGAAACAGACCCAGGGAGAAGUUUAGGUCCUCCCCAGUCUCAUUGGCCCUCGGUACAAGCCAAGCCACAGCCGCUCCUGCCACACAAUCGGAUUGCUUUCAGCACUCGCAGCCGUGGACCGCCGUGCGGUCCUUUCCUCUGCAGUGAGCUGAUUUGCUCUGCCAGCAGCUGUCGGUGCCGCACUCGACACCGAGUCCUAGCCAGCGCUCACAGAAUACGCGCUCCCUCCCUCCUCCUUCUCUGUCCCCCGCCCCUCUCUCACCCCGGCCCACUCCAGCGGCGACUUUGAGGGAUUCCCUCUCUGGCGGCCUCUGCAGCAGCACAGCUGGCCUCAUUCGGGGCACUGCGAGUAUGGAUCUCCAAGGAAGAGCGGUCCCCAGCGUCGACAGACUUCGAGUUCUCCUGAUGUUGUUCCAUACAAUGGCUCAGAUCAUGGCAGAACAAGAAGUGGAAAAUCUCUCAGGCCUUUCCACUAACCCUGAAAAAGAUAUAUUUGUGGUGCGGGAAAAUGGGACGACGUGUCUCAUGGCAGAGUUUGCAGCCAAAUUUAUUGUACCUUAUGAUGUGUGGGCCAGCAAUUACGUAGAUCUGAUCACAGAACAGGCCGAUAUCGCGUUGACCCGGGGAGCUGAGGUGAAGGGCCGCUGUGGCCACAGCGAGUCGGAGCUGCAAGUGUUCUGGGUGAAUCGCGCGUACGCACUCAAAAUGCUCUUUGUAAAGGAAAGCCACAACAUGUCCAAGGGACCUGAGGAGACUUGGAGGCUGAGCAAAGUGCAGUUUGUCUACGACUCCUCCGAGAAAACCCACUUCAAAGACGCAGUCAGUGCUGGGAAGCACACAGCCAACUCGCACCACCUCUCUGCCUUGGUCACCCCCGCUGGGAAGUCCUAUGAGUGUCAAGCUCAACAAACCAUUUCACUGGCCUCUAGUGAUCCGCAGAAGACAGUCACCAUGAUCCUGUCUGCGGUCCACAUCCAACCUUUUGACAUUAUCUCAGAUUUUGUCUUCAGUGAAGGAAACUGAAGCUUAGUAGAUGAAGAGAUUCACCCAGGAUUGGACAGUGGAAGAUCUGGGAUCUGAGCCCACUAUCAUUUCUUUCCCUUACAAGGUUGCAUUACAUCUACUCCUUCUUGAUGUGAUGAUCUGGAUCUACGGAGACCACUAAAAGUUCAUGUAUAUCUCUAUUUCUACAGCUAUAUCUAACUAUAUAUCUAUUUAUUCAUUGUUAUGGUAUAAACCAAGAGAAAAGAGAAAACAUGACUUUACAAACUGGUCAAGGUCGUUUGGUGCCCCAUCCCCAGAUUCUUCCCAAUCCAACUGCAACCUCCCUUCCUCCUGAAGCUUUCUUAACUCCCCAACCUCCCUGUCCUGAAUACUUGUAGUUGGGGUCACACAGAACACCACCUGUCCAUGUUCUCCAGUGGUUUUGCUACAUAAGCUCUUGCUCCCAGGCACAACUCUUUCUCCAUUGCCUCUCCCAUUCUGCCUAGGGAGGUAGAUGUUGUAUUUCGGGCUUCUGGCUGAUUGUUUGCCUGGGUAACUAGAGUGUAAGCAGGAAGAAGUGAGCUAAAACCAUGGUCUACAGUCUAGGUAACUAUGAAAUUGCUCUGCAGGGGAGAGAGUUAAGAAGGGAAGAGGCAGAGUCUAGAGCCACAAGGGCAACCUUGUAAAGAUGCCUGGGACCUACUCAAGUAGCAGCCUGGAAUGGUGCAUAGAUGAGAGUCUGAAGGUCCUGAGGUCUUUGCUACUUUUUGUGAGAUAAUUUAUUUUUUAUUUUUACCAUUUAACACAGACUUAGCCUUAUUACUAAAUAAUUUGAAAUCAAUGUAUUUCUUCUUAACAUUUUAAAAUUUUAAAAAAUUCUUUGUUUCUAUUCAAUGUAUUAAGUAAGAAAAAAUUGUAUGAGGUUGCCACUAGCGCCUGCUAACCAAGCAAACCCUGCAAUCUGUGUUAACAUUACAUGGGCAUCAAAGUGUUAUCAUGAGGAAAAUAAAUAACCUUUGUUGUUAACAAAAUUCCUACCCCACAUGAUCGCAUUUCUAUUCAUUGUUCUCUUCAAAGAGGCAUUAUGGUAUCAUAUUGGAGAAGAAGACUGCCAUGCUGGCAUCAUGAAGUUCCAGGCCUGCCACUCUUUCUGAUACACUGUGUUAUCUCAGGUCUUGUCCCUGGAGCAAUGGAUGUAUUGGUCCAGGCUGACCCUCAAAGUGUUGGGACUCAUUAGAAUGGAAUCAAAUAGUGGGGGAAACAGUUCCCUGCAAAUUCUUUUUCAGCCUUUUGGUUGUAAUAAGAAGAAAGGCUCAGUUUAGUCCUAAUAAGUCCUUAACAACAUUUCUCUACCAUUUGCCAAACUAUCUUUUAAAAAAGCUAUUUCUAGAAGAAUUUCUUUUUCUAUUAUAUAUAUGUGUAUUAUAUAGAUACAUAUACAUAAACAUAUAUAUAUGUAUACACAUACGUGUGUGUAUAUAUAUAUUACACACACAUAUAAAACAGUUGUAUUUAGGUAUAAUUGUAUGCAUUUAAGCAUGUAAUUUAAUAAAUAUUGACUUAUGAAUACACCUGUGAAGCCAUCACCACAAUCAAGAAAUCAACAUAUUCAUCACCCUGGAAAGCUUCCUUGUUCCCCUUUGUAAUAAGUAUCCAGCUCAUUGAAUUUUCAGAUGCUUGAUGAACCUCUGCAACCAGCAUGCAGAUCAGGAAACCGAACUGACAAAUCCUCCUUUCUGCUCCACCUUGGGAUUCUGCAGCCUUUUAAUGCCAGUAGUUUAGGUCUGUUAAGUGCUGCCCCAACUAUAGUGUUAAGUUGUUUGAGUUUGGAUCAGGCUUCAUUUACCCCUGGGCAAACCACUUAUCAUUAUUAUGACUUGAUUACCUUAUGUGUAAAAUGAGUAUAAUAAUAUUGUGUACCUCAGAGGGUUGUUAACCAGAUAAUCUUUGUGCUUAGAAAUGAUUGUUAAUUUAGGGACUAGGAAUGUCAAGUAUACAGCUUUCAAAAACUGUAUAUGUGAAAGUAAGUCUCCACUAAUUGUUAUUAUUAGAGACGAAAGCUCAUCCCUUUUCCUUUCUGCUGAUCUCAGGCAAGGUGAGAGAAGGGACUAUGUCAAUAGGGAUUCUGGAGGAGACUGGCAUACAGUAGGUACUUAAUAAAUGUUUACUUGGUCAUCUGGACUUAAAAAACUUGGUCUUUAUGAAGAGACAUGUAAAGCUUGUUUAUUUUUCACUUGUGGCUCCUGAUUUUGGUCAAAAGGCCACCAGUUACCCACAAGAAGCAAAUGAGCCUGUUCUGGUUUCUAGGAAUGUAAUUCUGGUUAGCCUGACAAACUGUUGGACCACUAGAAGGUUUCCCAAGAAUAGUUUUUUGUUGAUGGUGGUUCUGUGUAAAAAAAUGGAGACUCAGCACUAUGAAGCUAUCUUGAAUUUUAAGAGGGUGAAAAAUAAAUCAACACUGAGGUGCUGCUAACGUUUGUGUUCUUGAUCUAGAUGCUGGUUACAUGAGAUGUUCAUUUGUAAAAAUUCAUCAAGCUCUACACUUACUUAAAAAUUAUAGCAUAAUUUACAUAUAUUGCAUGCACCCCUAAUGUUUAUCCCAGCAUUAUUCACAAUAGCAAAGUUAUAGAAUCAACCUAAGUGUCCAUCAACAGAUGAGUGGAUAAAGAAAAUGUGGUGCAUAUACACAAUUGAAUACUAUUUGGCCAUUGAAAAGAGUGAGAUGGUGUCCUUUGCAACAAUGUGGAUGGCACUGGAACAUUGCAUUAAGUGAAAUAAGCCAGAUACAGAAAGACAAAUAUUGCAUGUAUUCACUCACAUGUAGGAGCUCAAUAGAUUGACCUCAGGGAGAUAGAGAGAUACCAGAGGCUGGGAAGGAUAUGGGUGUGUGUGUGUGUGUGUGUGUGUGUGUGUGUGUGUGUGUGUGUGUGUGUUGGGGAGAGUGGACUAAAGAGAGGUUGGUUAAUUAGUACAAACAUAUAGUUAGAUAAGAAUAAGUUCUAAUAUUCAAUAGCAGAGUAGGGUGACUAUAGUUAACAACCAUGUGUUGUACAUCUCAAAAUAGCCAGAAGUGAGGACUUGAAACAUUCUCUACAUAUAGGAAUGAUAAAUUCUGGAGGUGAUGAAUAUCCUAAAUUCCCUGACUUGAUCGUUACAGUGUAUGCAUGUAACAAAAUAUCACAUGUAUCCCAUAAAUAUGUAUGAAUAUUGUGUAUCAAUAAAAAAUAACAAAGUAAUAAAAAAAUCUAAAAUGUAUGGUUUAAUGCUUUUGUACCUAUAUUUGCAACCAUGUAAACAUCACCUUGAUCAAGAUCUACAAUAUUUCCACCACAGGUGAAAAGUUCCCUUGUGUUCCUUUCCCCAGAUAUAAGCACAUUCUGACUUCUAUCACCACAGAGUUAGUUUUACCUGCUCUUGAACUUCAUAUAAAUGGAAUCAUACAGUAUGUAUAUACUCUUUUGUGUCUGGCAAUUUUCUGUCAGCAUAAUAUUUCUGAGAUGCACCCAUUUUGUUAUGUGUAGCCAUAGUUCAUUCCUUUUUAUUACUGACUACUGUUCCAU